AUGUAUCUUUGCUUCAUCAAUUUUAGUUGUAAAAAAAUACCUAGGAAAAAAUUAUAUAAAUAUUGUGAUGAACAAACAUAUAUAAACAAAUUGACACAUUUAUACAUAUACCAUUACUUAGGAUCAAAUAUAGUAAACACAAAAAAAAACAUAUGCAGUGAAAACAUAAACAAAUAUGUAGGAAAAAUAUCAAACCAUUUAAAAACUAACAAAAAUAAUUCAAACUUAGUUUAUUCCUUACAAAACAUUUGGGAUAUAUUUAUAUUUAACUACUUUGAAUUUAGUUAUAAUUAUAAAUUAGUUUUUCUCCAUAAUAUAUUUUAUACGAUAAAUAAAAACGAAAAUCACCCAACAUCUUUAAACGACAAAAGAUAUCAAAAAAAAAAAAAAGAAAUUUUAAAUAAUAUAUCUAAAAUAUUAUUAACCUAUGAUCUAUUAUACAUAUUCCAAAUACGAAAUUUAUAUGUAAAAAGGUUUAUCCAAAUAAAUAAAGAUAAUAAAAGUAGUUACCAUCAUUUACUAAAAAAAGAAAGCAAUCAAAAUUAUUCACUUGUUUUAUUUCAUAAAAAAACAUUUAUCGAGCAUUUAGUAGAAUCGGCAAAAAAUGUCAAGGAUUUAUCUAUUCUUAUUUCAAUUAUAAGAAAUAUAUUUUCUAUAUAUCAUAAAUUUGAUUCCACUGGACUGUUAGACAAUAUAUUAAAAAGGUUUUAUUUAUUUUUUAAAAAUAUAUCCAUAAUAGAAAACACAGAUCAAAACAAAUACUUAUAUAAUAAUACACACACAACUAUACACAUAAGCAAACAGAAAAAAAUAGAACAUACUAAAAAUAUAAAAUUACGAGAUAUUAUUUAUUCAUUUUAUCAACUUAUUAAUCUUAAAAAUAAAAAGAAAUACCAAUUCGUUUUUUUAAAAGUUCUUUCAAUAGCUAAUCAAAACUACAAGUGUAUUUAUGAUAAUUCUGUAAAAAAUAGUUUAAGUCAAACUAAUAAAUUAUUAAUAACCCAAGAAAUAAACAAGCAAACUGACAUUACCAAUUUAUUUCUGUCAAAUAAAGAUAUUGAACAGUUAUUUUUUUUAAUGACCAAUAACUGUUAUGUUAAAUACUAUUUUGCUCCUCUCUUAGUUUCACAAUUUCAUUUGAAGCUUUUUUUCUCAAAAAAUUUACAAUCUGUUUUAUAUACGCAUAAAUUAUUUACAAAAAACUAUAAGAAUAUAAGCAUAACGUUUCCUAUUUAUUUUUUUCAGCUUAAUACUUUAUCCUAUACCAAAUUUUUAAAUCAAAUAAGUUUAAAAAAUAAUUUCCACACUUUUUAUCAAGCUAUAUGUAUUAAAUACUUAUUAAAAAAAAAAAAUUAUGAAAACCCUAAUUCUUUAAAUGAGACAUGUGGAAUUGUUAAUUAUCCUUAUAUAAACUACAUUAUAUUCUAUAAAAAUAUCAUAAAUAAAAUAAUUGAACAAUCUUUUAAUGAUUAUAUAUCCAAAUUAGAACAAAAAGAAAAAUUGAAUUACAAAAAUAUCAAAGUAAUUAUGAAUAAUUCAUAUUUUAAAUAUUCAGAAAACUUUAUUUAUAAUUUUUCACAAAAUAAGUUUUUUUACUUAAUUUAUCUCAAACAAAUAAUUAAAAAAAAUAUGUACAAUAAGAAGAAAUAUAUAUAUAAUUUGUUUUAUAAUUAA